CGCCGCCAUUAGAGAUAAAGGUAGAACGGGCGGAAUGGAAAAGGGGGAUUAAAAUGAUUUAAAACCGUGGAGAGAAGGAGGCGGAUCGGGGGGAUUCCUUCUCAGGCACGGACCUUGAUGUUGUGUUUGUCCAGGACAAAGAACGGGAAACAUGUAAUCAAAGAGGGGUUUGGAAAUAAACGGAGUGGAAUUGGGAUUUUGCCUGUAGAAGCUGGAGAGGACGGGGCUGGUCUGCUCAGCUCCGGGAGGGUUUGUUCUCCGGGAGGGCUUGUUCUUCGGGAGGGUUUGCUCUUGCGAUCGAGUGCCAAACACAGGAAAAGCAGCCUCUUCUCCUGGGGCAGGGAGAGCCAUCCAGGAUGACGGAGCUGGGGGUGAAGUGGGCCUGUGAGUACUGCACCUACGAGAACUGGCCAUCCGCCAUCAAGUGCACCAUGUGCCGGGCGCCGCGGCCCAGCGGCACCAUCAUCACGGAGGAGCCCUUUAAGAGCAGCUCCAGGCUGGAUGGGCAGCACGACUGGGACCCGCCCGGCACCGAGGGGGGCGGCAGCGGCCUCCUGAUCUGCCCGGAUUCCAGCGCCAGGCCCCGGGUCAGGGUGGCCAGCGUGAGCGAGACCAGCAGCAAGUGGUCCUGCCACAUGUGCACCUACCUGAACUGGCCCCGCGCCAUCCGCUGCACGCAGUGCCUGUGCCAGCGGCAGCGAACCCGCAGCCCCACGGACUCCCCGCACACCUCGGGCUCCGGCAGCCGGCCGGCCCCGCCGCCUCAGGACCCCUGCGAGGAGUACAACGACCGCAACCGGCUCAACACCCGCGCCCAGCACUGGACCUGUGCCGCCUGCACCUAUGAGAACUGGCCCAAGACCAGGAAGUGCGUGGUGUGCGACCAUCCCAGGCCGAGCGGCCAGGAGGCCAUCGAGCUGGCCGAGCCCGAGAGCCCCUCCUCCACCAUCAACGAGCAGGACCGCGCCCGGGGGACGAGGAGGUCCCCUCCAACCUCCAAGAGGGAGUCCGAGGUCAACAUGGACUUCCAGAGGAUCGAGCUGGCGGCAGGAGCCGCUGGCAGCAAGGAGGAGCUGGAGGCGGACUUCAAGAAGCUGAAGCAGAUCAAAAACCGAAUGAGGAAAACGGACUGGCUGUUCCUGAAUGCAUGCGCAGGUGUGGUGGAGGGGGAUCUGGCUGCUGUGGAAGCCUACAAAUCCUCAGGGGGGGACAUUGCUCGGCAGCUCACAGCGGACGAGGUGCGUCUGCUCAACCGGCCCUCCGCCUUCGACGACGGCUUCACCCUGGUGCACCUGGCCAUCCGCUUCCAGAGGCAGGACAUGCUGGCCGUGCUCCUCACAGAGGUGUCACAGCAGGCAGCUAAGUGCAUCCCGGCCAUGGUGUGUCCCGAGCUGACGGAGCAGAUCCGCAGGGAGGUGGCAGCCUCCCUGCACCAGCGAAAGGGCGACUUCGCCUGCUACUUCCUCACUGACCUCGUCACCUUCACCUUACCAGCAGAUAUCGAGGACCUUCCCCCUGCAGUACAGGAGAAGGUCUUCGAUGAGGUGCUAGACAGAGACGUACAGAAAGAGCUGGAGGAGGAGUCCCCCAUCAUAAACUGGUCUCUGGAGCUGGGGACGCGGCUGGACAGCCGGCUGUACGCACUGUGGAACCGCACCGCCGGGGACUGUCUGCUGGACUCCGUGCUGCAGGCCACCUGGGGCAUCUACGACAAGGACUCUGUCCUGCGCAAAACACUGCAUGACAGCCUGCACGACUGCUCUCACUGGUUCUACACGCGCUGGAAGGAGUGGGAGUCGUGGUACUCGCAGAGUUUUGGCCUGCAUUUCUCCCUGAGGGAGGAGCAGUGGCAGGAGGACUGGGCCUUCAUCCUGUCCCUGGCCAGCCAGCCAGGAGCCAGUCUGGAACAGACUCAUAUUUUCGUUCUUGCACAUAUUCUUCGUAGACCGAUCAUAGUUUACGGAGUGAAGUAUUAUAAGAGUUUCCGUGGUGAAACGCUGGGGUACACUCGUUUUCAAGGCGUAUACCUGCCUCUGCUGUGGGAGCAGAGCUUCUGCUGGAAGAGCCCCAUCGCCCUGGGCUACACCAGGGGCCAUUUCUCCGCACUAGUGGCCAUGGAGAACGACGGCUACGACAAUCGCGGCGCGGGCGCCAACCUCAACACGGACGACGACGUCACCGUCACCUUCCUGCCACUGGUGGACAGCGAGAGGAAGUUACUACACAUACACUUCCUGUCAGCACAGGAGAUGGGCACAGAGGAGCAGCAGGAGAAGCUGCUCCGUGAUUGGCUGGACUGCUGUGUGACAGAGGGCGGGGUCCUGGUGGCUCUACAGAAGAGCUCACGCCGCCGGAACCACCCGCUCGUCACGCAGAUGGUGGAGAAAUGGCUGGACGGCUACCGCCAAAUCCGGCCCUGCACCUCGCUGUCCGAUGGAGAGGAAGACGAGGACGACGACGAUGAGUGAGCCUCCCGCCUCAGGACACGCCCAUGCCCCUCCCCACAGAAGGGGCUCAUGGGAGAAAUCGCCUCCCGUCACCCAGAAGCACUGAAGGGAAGCUCUGCAGACCCCACACACGUCUCCCGCUCAAAGGACAAGAGGACGACCAACAGGCCUGCUUUGCUGCAAAACACGACUUCAAGUAAAGGACUCCGCUUACAGAGAUGCUAUUACAAAUAUUUAACAAUACCCCUUGAAAAGAGAAAAAAAUGCUAAACCUUUAUCCAUAAAUAUAAUGCAUGUGGUUAUUAAAGAAUUUAAUAGGAAAAUACCAGCAUCAAAAAAAAGGAAUCUUUGUAUUAGUUCAUUAUGGGCACUUGCAAAAAAAAGCACAUUUUCUAAAUUGCUUUCUUUAGAUUUUGUAAAUCGUUCCUGUUUUAAGUUGAAGAUUGUCAACCGACUCACUUUUUGGAGGAAUAAUCCAGCACCACACCCACGGAUCACGUUACUCUGAGAUCCUGAUAGAAAACAAUAUCAUUACGGACACUCUUACUGUUAGUACUGCACAUUUAUUAAGAGAUUUAUAUAAAAGAUGUAUUACUGUCUACGUCAAAUGGACAUUUAUGAAGUUAAGAAGAGGAAUAUCCCAUUUCAACAUUAAGGUAGCGUCAUUUUAUUUAGGGAUUAAGAUCACUCUGUUCCCUGAUUGUUGACCCUGUUUUCUGGCAAGCUGUUUUUUUUUUUUCUUUUUUCUAAUUCCGUUUCUGAAUUUUCCAUAUUUAUUUGUUCGAGUGCAGAAGUGUAGAGGAUGAGCUCUACUGUCCAUCAAUGUUCACUUUUUUUUUCUUCUUUCUGUGGUUUUUGUUCAUUGCUAAUCCUGGUGAAGAGAUUUAUGUUGCACAGAAACACAUUCUUGCUGUGAGGAAGUUUACCUGCGUUAUUCAUGUGUGAUUUAGUACCUCAUUUUGAUGUUACAAACUUGGUGCUUACUUUGUGGGGAAUGGGGAGUCACCACACAUUCUACAUUCAAGCAUUCAUUAACAUUAAAUUAUA